UUAAGUUCAACAAAGAUCCGAUUAAAACUGUGUAAAAUAUCCUCCAAACUGUGGAAAAACUGUGUUUUAAAGUGUGAAACACUUGCGCAUUGAGUUUUAAAUAAUGAAAAAUGUGAUAGUGGUUAUGUACAAAAAUCAGCAGAACAUGUUUGCCAAAGUUUGUGUCAUCCACCUCACUGGAACAAUGCAAACCCUUUACACUGAGGAUCGACUGAGACUGAUUCUGCUGGAAAUACCUUGAUGUCUCUCCAAAGUGCUUCACAUGAAUCUCACAGCACUGAACCUCGCUGAUGGCUGUCAGAAAUAUUCGGGUCUAGAGAGAUCAGUAGAUAUCUAAUCAGUUGAUCUCCCAGCUGUAUGUUCUUCUCCCUUGAUGCUGUUGGUCUUGGAAAUAAAAGGGAACACAGAUUGUAGAACGUCUUUAUUGUGGAGCCUCCAGGAGUGACUGUGUUUCAAUGAGGAGAAGUUCAGAGCUGCUGGAGAGACAAAUAACAUCUUCAGAGAUCCGUGGUUACGCAUUAUGAAGGAAGUCAGAGGGGAACAACAGUAUGUUUAGAUGUUUCUUCCAAGUACUUCAGAAUGAAUCUUACAGCAAUGAACCAAACUGAUGUCUGUCAGGAAUAUUCCUGUCCAGAGAGAUCUGUUUCUUUCCCUGUCUAUGUGAUUCUGUAUGUGGCCGCAGCAGCUGUGGCUCUUCUGACCGUGUGUGGAAACCUGCUGGUCAUCAUCUCUGUUAGUCACUUCAAGCAGCUGCACACUCCUGCUAACAUCCUCAUCCUCUCUUUGGCUGCGUCUGAUCUGCUGGUCGGAGUUUUUGUGAUGCCGCUUCACCUGUCUUGGGUCAUCGAGUCAUGUUGGCUUUCUGGACCAGUGAUGUGCUCUGUGUUCAAUUUUGUGACUUUUCAAGCAACAAGCGUGUCUGUUCACACUGUGGCUCUAAUAGCAAUUGAUCGGUUUCUGGCUUUACAUUCUCCUUUCUUUUACUCAGAGAAAAUCUCACCCACUGUGAUCUGCAUAGCAACUUUAUUUAACUGGCUGUUUUCACUCCUUUAUAACUUCACUCUUCUCUUCAUUAAUGGAAACUUCACUUUUAUGUGUCCAGGAGUAUGUCUUUGUAUUGUAGAUUGGGUUUCCUCCUUCAUUGAUCUCCUGGUUGUGUUUCUAAUCCCAUGUACACUCAUCAUAAUAUUAUACAGUCAUGUUUUUGUCAUUGUGAGGAAACAUGUGACUGCUAUAAGAGCCGUUCAGGUUCACAACAGCAAAGAUUCCUCUAAAACCAGAGUCAUUGACAAAUCAGAGCGAAAAGCCGCAUCAGCUCUCGGGAUUCUGGUGUUUGUGUUUCUCCUGUGUUUACUGCCAUAUUAUAUUUUUUCUUUAACAAAUUUCUUGAGAGAUGACUCAUUUUCAAAUGUCAUCAACAGUGUUUUGAUUCUCUUUUACCUGAAUUCCUCUAUCAAUCCACUUAUUUACGCAAUGUUAUACCCCUGGUUUAAGAAAUGUUUAAAAAUAAUUCUUACUCUUAGAGUAUUUAACACCAAUUCCUCUCUAAUGAAUGUGCUCUCACAGCUGCAUGUGGGGUAAUGUCUAUUUUCUAUGCUUGGGCCAAUUCUUUUUUCACUUUAUUUGCUUUGGAUCAAAAAAAAAUUAUCCGCUUU